AUGCUUUCACUUCGCUCUCCUCUCCUUUUAGUCGAGACUCACAAGUCCUCCAGGGACUUCACUUCGCUUCGCUUCGUUUGCGAUGUUAUCAGCGAUGCCUCGUCGCAUGGACUUUCCUCUGUGCUCUGGAAUGGAAGAAUUGGGCCAACAAAGAAAGGGGAUUCAAUAACAGAAGUCAAUGUAAUCGAACCUUUGGACUUGAACGAUCCAAUUUCGAAUCUUGUUGGAGAUUCUUUAUCUGGCUUUGACGUAUGGGGCCCUUUCCCCACUGACCUCAAUUACAUCGAACCUGAUCUGGACGCCGCACCUGGAACUCCUUCUACCUGUGGUUGUGGGUUCGUUUAUAGCGAGAAAGCCCAUGCGAGUCAAUUAAGUAAGCUGGAAGGCACUUUUGAAAAAGCCUGGAACUUGAUCCAAUCUCUAACCAAUUGCGGCUUGUUAGAGCACCUAAGCAACGAUGCGAAUAAUCGCUUGCCUAAUUCAGUAGGGAUAGCCACGGACUCUUCCGAAACAUUCAGAUAUAGGAAAAGCCAAAGCCAACGCGUCAAAGUCAAGUCAGGUUCAGCAAUCGACAAGGUAUAUUCGAUUCAACAAUCUGAAGUAGUGGAGUUAGCCCUCGGUAUACCAUACUCAAACUUCUAUGACUUCACUGCGCUUCGCUUCGUUCGUUGGGUCGAUUACAUUGAGAAGAGAAAGAACUGGGAGUAUGAGGACAACUUACAGGGAGAAGGAAGGUGGAGACAAACAACAGGAGCUAUUCAACCAUCGUUAGAGGCAAACCUUAGAAGAAUGCUGGAAGAAGAGGGAUUGAUAACACUUAACCAAACAUCGCAAGGACAGGAAGGAUUCUUCUCCCGAGUCCUUGUUUUGUAUGAGAUAACAGCAGUCUUUACUUUCGUUUCGCUAACCGCCCAAAAGCAGGUAGAGCAAGACCUUGAGCCUCUUGAGAAAGCAACUCGGACAACUGCGAAGGUAGUGAAACCAGUAUAUAGAGUAGUGGUGAAGCAAGAGGAUGUCAAGAAUGAGGCGAAAGAACAGACUGGCCCGCAGGCUUCCAACCUGACACCGCUUGGCUACUUUUCGAAAGCAGAUCGAUGGAAGUUGCUUGUACGAGACUGCGCCUCCCGGCUCUCCAAUGGAAUUUUCGGCUCGCUUGGAAGGAUAGAGCGCCGCAAGACAAGAUGGCAUAUUGAAGGGAAGGCUAUGAAAAUCAUUCUUGUCUCUCGAACGCCUGGCAUACUAAUACGAGCCGCAUACUUGAAUACUAAACUGCUGGCUGUAAACGCGACUUGCUCUGCUCCUCCUAAAAAAAGCCUCUUUCUGUUAUACGAUACCAGCAUCAAAGGAAUCCUUGGACAAGAUGGGCUCCGUUCCAUUCCAUUUCCAUACACUGCUCUCGCAUGCCAGGCGGAAGAGAAGAAGUUUUCGCAUGCCCCACUUCAUUCUAUUCGGGGCGACUCUAAGGAUACUGUAUCUCCGGUUGGACUCGGCACUCCAAGUCAAAGGGCUGAUUGGGACAUUAGGGACGUUACCCUGUUUACCGAUAGGUGGUCUCGAACACUACCUACGCAAAUAAUCGAUCAACAAGUCAGAGCUAAGAAAGCUGAAGUCAUAGGGGGUCAAACUCCGUAUGAGAUUCUUUACGGCUCUGCUCCUCUCUUGUCUCAUUUGCGUGUUUUUGGUUGCCUUUGCUAUGCUCAUAACCAAGACCGCAAUGGUGACAAGUUUACUACACGGAGUCGUCGUUGUGUGUUUGUGGGAUACCCGUUUGGCAAGAAGGGGUGGAGUCUGUAUGAUUUGGAUCGUCAGAUUUUCUUUGUUUCCCGUGAUGUGGAGUUUCGUCUCAAUUACAUCGAACCUCAACUUCGUCGAUCCUCAUCUGACCAGAUGAUGAGGAGCCUCCGCUCUGUGCCGCCCGUGUCUUCUGACACUGGGGCUGUCCCUCCUGAUAUGAGUGCGUCCGAGGGGGGGUUCUCUUACUCCUCCAGUGGCACCUUCUCCUUUGGUUGUGUCUUCUCCUCCUAUAUUAUCUCUUUAGGUCGUGGUCAUCGGACUAAGAUUCCUUCUACUCGACUGAAGGACUUUGUGGUUGAUACUGUCUGUUCUUCGACUGCUCCCCCCACUGCUUCUCCCGAACCGUCUCCAUCCUCAGGUACGCCUUAUCCCAUAGCACAUUACCUUUCUUGUGAGUCUUUCUCUCCCGCUUAUCGAGCAUUCUUAGCCGCUGUCGCCUCCGCUGUUGAGCCUCGUAGUUAUGCGGAUGCCGUGACCGACCCUCGAUGGCGAGCUGCUAUGCAGGAUGAGAUUCGUGCCUUGGAAAAUAAUGGCACGUGGGAUGUGGUCUCUCUCCCCUCUGGGAAACGUGCUAUCGGGUGCAAAUGGGUCUUUAAGAUCAAACACAAGGGUCCAUUCCGACUGUUCUUGGCUGUAGCUGCUGCCAAGCAUUGGGAAGUUCAUCCAGAUGGACGUUCACAAUGCUUUUCUGCAUGGUGA